AUGGCCUCCAUCUCGGAACUUGCCUGCAUCUACUCGGCCCUCAUCCUGCACGAUGAUGAGGUGACAGCUUUGGUCAAUGUUAACAUCGGGAGCCUCAUCUGCAAUGUAGAGGCUGAUGGACCUGCCUCAGCAGCUGGUGCUGCACCAGCAGGAGGUCCUGUCCCCUCCACCAUUGCUGUCCCAGCUGAGAAGAAAGUGGAAGCAAAGAAAAAAGAGUCUGAGGAGUCUAAUGAUUGCAUGGGCUUUGUUUUUUUGUGUUUUUUUUUGUUUUACUAA